CAUCUAGAUUAUUAUACGCGUGCUAUAUAUCAGGUAUACACGUAUAGAUGACGCUUAUUAUUAUUUUUUCGCAUUAUUAUAGUCAGAAAGGAGAUAUAAGAGGUUAAUUCUAUGGAGAGUAUCUCCUAAGAUCGAUUUGGAAUUUAGAAGAUGAUUUUUGCGGAGAGAGGAAAACUGGAGAAUCCCGAGAAAAAACCCCGAAACACAGGAGAAAACCAACAAAAAUUAAACAGCAAUACUCAUAUGUGAACAUCGACACCUCAUUGGUGAGGGUCGACGUACUACUAGCGCACACGUUUCUUGCUUCCCACAAGUCCCACUAGUGCUUCCGACGUUCAAGCCAGCAAUGUUACUAAUGAUGAAGGGAAUUAGUUGACAUGAUGAGUUGAAUACACCAGCUACACGUUCAUGACAAUACUCGAUGUUCACUGAUAAACGAACAGGCACGUAGUCGAAUGACUAGCAUGAUAGGUGCAUUUAAUAGCGCGUGUGGGUGCACUAACAUUUUAAAUUUUACUCAACAGACAACUUUAACAAAAGGAAAAACUUGAGUUUUUUGCUCGGAGGUUUCUACGGGUAACCGUUGAUUUUAUUUCAACCUCUCUAGUUAUUUUAUAGCUUUCCAAUAAAAUUAGGUAAAAAGUCCUUUUUAAAAAUACACCAUAGCAAGAUAAAUAGUUAUUUUUACUGAGGUUAAUUUCCGUCAAAUUUAAUGAUUUAGUCACCUGCCGAGGAGUGUCAUGACUGACCAAUCAGCGUUCAGAACCACAAGCCGCUUUUUGUUUGUUGUCAUUUAUUUAACGGGAAGUCUACAAACUUUCCCUGAUCUUAUUUUUCUCAUCGUAGUUUGUCUUAUUAGUUAUUAAUGGAUGGAUAAGAAACUAAGGUACGUCAAAUGGUCAACAAUCCUAUUUUUGCUAAGGGUUGAUUUAUAUUUCACGAUAAACAAAUAAUUCAAUAUGGGCAGAUAUUGUGAGUCAUAAUCCAGUGAAGAGAGAGAAAAAACUAAAAACUAUCAUCUAUUUAUUCGAAAGCUAUAAAAUCUAACCUUUUUGGGUGGUCUAAGUCAGAGCACGGCCAAUUCACAGAGUGAUAAGGUCAAUAGAAAUGUCUUGUACAGCUCAGGGAAUAUUAGUAACUGCUUUCUUGGUAUUGUUUAUGUUUUGUGGAGACGCAUUUGGUUCAUCAAAAUGCAAACGUCGAAUCGACCUAGGGUUUGUUAUUGAUCGUUCAGCUAGUAUGGGAGAAAAAAACUUCAAAUACAUCAAGAAAUUUGUCCAAGAUGUUAUCAAACAGUUUGCUGUGUCGUCUGAUGGAACGCGUGUGGGAGUCAUACCCUUUUCUCAUUACUACAAGGUAGCCAUCAAGUUUGACCAGUUUUCAGACUUGGGUGAACUCAGUAAGGCUGUUGAUAACUUGCCAUAUGAAGGUGCUGGAUCGUCCUUAUCCUCUGCAUUGAGGGUAACACAAGUGGAAUUAUUUAAUCCUGAAAACGGGGCUAGAGCAAAAAUAGGAACAAAAGAUAAAACUGAGAUAGAUGAAGUCCUUCAAGCCGUAGUGGUGGUGACGGAUGGAGGUAGCAGUACUGGUAUAGACUCUCUUCUACACUCAGCUGAAACACUCAAAGACUCUGGCAAACGAGUGUUUGUUGUUGGUCUUGGAAAACACGAAUACAUUAAAAACCUGAAGAUGAUGGCUAGUGAGCCAGAAGGAAAUCACUGUUUUGUGGUGAAGAAAGGAGAAGAGUUGUCGAAAGUGACCGCAAAACUCACCAAGGCCAUUUGUAACGACAUUAAACCAGAAAUGAAAGAAUUUAGCGUUACAGAAAACAACCAGGUCUUAACAUCUCAACAAUACCAAACCAAAUAGCUCGCCGUUUUCAAUAAAUUCUAUACAUAUAUACUGAUUAAUGAACUAUUAUAAGAUAUUGUUUUUAACGGCUUCCGUCUUCUUAAAUUACGGACCUAUAUGUAUUACUUUGAAGAAUAAAUAGUUGUAACAGUUUCAGGCCAGAUUAUGGCGCGCCCAGCUUUUUAACAUAACUGCGUGCAGUUGUCGAAGAUGUUCAAUACGCAUAUUCAGUCAACCUCGUUCCCAGGGCCCUCUCACGCAGAGGAGAGAAGACCCUGGCGUUGGCUGAUCAAAUAAAGGUUUUGAUUGGUUUACUUGAUCCUAAAUUUUGAUUGGUUGUUGCUUUGUUAUGAUUUUUUUGGCGCACCAUGGCACGCCUGAGCGAGAAAUAUAAUGACAGAUUUAAACAAGAUGUAGGCAAGACUGGAAGUAAUAAUACGAAAACAGUAGCUACGGCCGGUGUAAAUCUCAGAAAAGCUUGAAGAGAUCCAAAAUUCAAAGAUGGAAAAUUA